AAUCCCGCGCCCCCCCUUCUUCCUCAAUCCCCUCCCGCUCUCCCGCACCACUCCACUCCAUCAAUCAAUCCUGAAUUCCUGACCCCGCAGACUUCCUGCUCCCCAACGGCUACUGUGCCAUUACCCCCUCAGGCCAACCCAAUGGCGACGACGCCGGCGCGGCCAUCGCAGAGUGGCGGCGGCGAGGCGGUGUCGGUGCAGCACGUGGCCAAGGCCUCCUCGGACGAGCUGCUCCGCAAGUUCGCCGACCCGGACGACGACGACGCCAAGCAGCGCCAGCUCACCCCGCCCCGCCGCAGCCUCGCGCUGCGCCGCAAGCGCUCGUCCCGGCGCGUCGCGUCGGGGCUCUCCGCCAGGGACUCCGGUACGGCGUCCGGGGCGGGGCUGGAGCUGGCCGCGCCCAAGCGCCGGCGCAGCAUCGGCGGGUCCACGGACUGGAGGGCCGGGCUGCUGCUGCCCACCACCACGGCCUCCUCCUCCUCCUCCGCGCGGAAGACGGGCGGCCCUGCGCGUGCGAAGCGGGGCGCGCGGCUCGACGAGGCCGGCGUCGCGCACUUCCUCGCCGCGCUGGAGCGGACGUGGAAGAAGACGGUGGCGGGCGCGUCGAGGAUGUUCGUGGAGCGGCACCGGAGCAGCCACGUGCAGCUCAUCAGCGACAUGGUGUAGCCGAUCACCCUGCCCGCCCGGCGGCCGUGUGCUCGGGGUUGAUAGCCAGUUUCUGCGAAUUAACUGAAUUCGUUUCUGAACUUAGCGGAAUAAAAAUGGCAGAGGAGAAUUAACGAGGCGAAUCGAACCAGCUACCCCGGGCGGUUCAGCCUCUCUUUCUCUGCCAUUUGCCAGUGUGUUUGCUUAUGUUCAUUUCUUCAUCGCCACCACAUUGUAAAUUCAAGUUUGCAAAUUCCGUACCAGCGCUAUACUAUAUGCCAAUUGGAUUUUCAUCUUC